AUGGCAUCCACUUUCAAAAGAGCGCCUCCCCCUCCUCCUCUUCUCUCUUUGAACGGCAGCAACAACAACAACAACAAUCACAACAACAACAACUCGGUAAAUAGUAUCAACGGUUUUAGCCGAUCACCACCAUCUACAUCCAUUUCGAUAGUUCGUAGACCUCAUUCAGAUCCUGUAUCAUCGAAAAACUCUUCGGUGCACUUCAAUCUCGAAGAUCAAGAUCAAACACUCAUCGGAUCUGGUCUUUCUCCUUCUUCACCAUCUUCCAAAUCAUCUAUGAGACCAUCACAAGAACAAAAUGGUCAUAACAAUAAUACCAACAAAUCUUAUCAGCCAAUACAUCCUUCCACAUUACACAACUCAACUAUCCCAUCUCCGCCCAAAUUAGCUCCUUUACUGACUACCGGAUCAUCUUAUACCUCCAUCAAUAACCCUUCUUCCAAUCCUACAUCCCUCACAAGCUCACCCACAUCACUACGGCCUGAAAUGCCUAGAAAUCGUUCUUCUCAAGACAGACGAGUUUGGUCAGAAACCCUACCCUCUACUUCACGUCAUCGAUCAGAAUCUCUCCUUGCUAACGGUAAAAAAGCUUCAAGAGUGACAGGUGGAUUUGAGACAAGUAGCGAAGAAGACAUGUCUGAUGACUCGAACAAAGAAGGAGAUAUAGUUACGCCAUCUUUGUCAGAAAGUUUAGAGCCUUCCUCUCAAAACGCUAUUGCUGGACCCAGUCGACCUAGAGCGAAGAGUCUACUACUUGCCGCUGGUAGAGAAAGACAGAGUUCCGAUGCGAGUGGUACGAGUCGAGAUAACAGAAGGAGAAAAGAGGACCCGAGUAGACCAAAGAAGAGGAAGUCGAAAGAACCCGGUCCCCCUUCUAGGAUGCUUUCUUAUCGGUCCAAUGUCUCACCACCCAAAAGCUCUUCGAUCAUGACAACAUCUAAAUCGGACUCCUAUUUCAACUUGCAGAACGGUUCCUCACCUAAAUCUCGUCUUACAACGAACAAAUCGUCUCCUCUCAUCGAAUCAACCGUACCAGGACCUAGCAAGAACUCUCUGACCAGGGGAUCAAGUCUCAAUAUGCUAGAAGAGAGGGGCAGUGAAGGUGAAGCAAGUCAUCGACCGAAAGGGAAGGAGAAAGAAGUCAAUAAACAACCAGAUAAUCUAGCGGCGAGUCUUGGACUGGGUAUAGGAGGAAUACAAGAUAUGGCCCUCAGUCCUGAACAACUUCGAGACCUGCUGAGCGAUUCCGACGUUUCCUCCGCUUUACGUUUAUUGAAUUCCCCUCAUAUGCCCGCAAGUCGUCCAACUAAUAUGAACGAAUGGUCCAACUCCGUCUUUUUCUCUCCACCGGCCUCCCGACCUGGCUCACCAGAUAUGACAAUUCCCAAGCAUACUUCUCCCUAUCUCGUAUCUGCUCCUCCCGCUUUAACUUCUUCGGAAAAUCACGCAAGGGAAAGAACAAUGUCUGUAGCUAGUAGUAUUCACCCUCCUGUUCACUCCACUUGGGGUUCAACACCUCGUCAUAGGCAAAGCUUGGAAAGUCAUGGCUCUCCUGACUUGGAAGCUCUACGUAGAAGAAGAGCUAGCUCAAAAGGUGGAUUGACACCGGAUGGUCAGGGAGGUCAUGUUCCUUUCACUCAUCACUUACCAGUUCCUCACGUCGAAGAAGGUGCACCUGAAGAAGAAGAAGAUCUGGAAGCUGCCAGUGAUGGACUUCCAGCGAUCACGGAAAACGAUUUGGAACCGACUCGAGUUCCAACUCAAUCUAGUAAAUCUAGUAAAGAAGUGAAGGAGAACAAGGACAAGAAGAACCGUCUGAGUAGUUUGUUUUCCAUGAAGAAGAAGAAGUCCAUCGAUCAAGUUUCGCAGCAGCAUCAUGAACAUCACUUGCUCCAUAGGGAUCAUAAGUCGGACAGACAAAAGGAAGAAGAAAAGGCUCGCGAGAAAGAGAAAUAUGAGAAGGAUGUCGAGAGAAGAAGGCUGGAACAGGAAAGGAGAGACGAAGAACUUGCUCAAGAACGCCGCUUUCGCGCUUUAACCCAAGUGGCUGCCCAUCCUAAAGCCGAACGUAGAGCCUAUCAAACUGGAGCUCAUCUUCGUGCUCUUUAUCAGCAUGUAUAUGACGGCAUCGAGUCUCCUCCAAAAUUGAACCCUCUAGCUAUCGUGAGGUGGAAGAUCAAAACUGAAGAACAGAAUGAAGCACGUUCACGAUGGGAGCAGGAACAAAGUCUUGGAGACGUUAAAAGUGAUAAGUCGAAUAUCACAAAUCUUGCAUCUCCUCAAACACAAACUAGAACGAACCACCUUGGUGGAAAUAUCCAAAGUAGCCCAAUGAGUAUAGGAUCCUCCACCAAGUAUGGUUUUAGGCAAUCUGCAGAAACUCAUCGACCUGCCUCUUUGGGUUCUUUAGGCAGAGCAAAUGACUCUUCACCCAGGAAAGGCAAAGUCAGUCAUUAUGAGAAAGGAUGGAGCUAUACUGUUGAAGAUUUUGCCGCUUAUCAAGCUACGAAAGGACAAGUCAACUAUUUCAUUGCUCCUAGGAAAUCACAUCCCGAUGUGGAGGUUUUGACGGAAGAUGAGCGACCUCCUGACAACUCGCAAGUAUCCAGAAGCAACAAAGAUGAUAACAGUUCAAUAGCGGACAGUAAUAAGAAAUCACAUCUUCACACGAUGGGUGUAAAGACUGCCAGCAACACUUCUCUCCUUGAAGUCGAAGGUGUCCUUGGUGAAAACAACGCUCUAUCAAGAUCAACAAGCAUCGAAACAGGGAGAGGAUCAAAUCUUCCUAGACAUCGACAUCUAACUCAUCGGACCCAUCAAAGCUUGAGUGCAGUCGGACCCACGGCCAUAUCUCAUGCCCUCAAACAACCCUUCGAGAAGAUAUCUCAUGCUGCCAAGAAGCAACGAAAUCCACCUCCGGCAGCUUGCGACGAGGGCGAAUCUCAGCACAUUGAACGAUUCCGAAAUCACACUAGGUCAGAUACUGCACCAGCACAUAUGACCAAUAUGCUACAUCAGACCCCCAUGUCAAAUAAGCCCAGUAGGACAACGAUGAACUCGUCUGCUUCACGUACACGUGAACCGGGUUUUUUCAAAAGACAUGCACCUACUCCAGGUGCUGAGUCAUAUACAGAUGAAGAAACUACAAGAGAGUUCCAUUUACGUAGAUUGUUUUUGAAAGGUCAAAAAGUCUUUUCAUCAUCACUUGAUGAUUCUUCCAAACUUUAUAGAAGAUCGGACGCUAGCUUGGUAAAGGAUAGACAAGAUGAACGCGAGACUGAACUUCUUGCUUUGGAAGCAGCUUUGAUCCGAGAAAAAGCCUUUAGAGAACGACAAGCUGCAGUCAGUAGAAAAACUCAACUCGAAAUUGAAGCAAGAGAUAGGAUCAAUAAGCUGGAAAAGGAAAUAUAUGCUGAGCGUGUCGAGCAUCUGGCUGCCGCACGUCGAAAAUUGGAGGUUGUCACCUCCAACAUAAUGACAGUAGACGAUACGAUGCGCCAAUACUUAUAUCAAAUCGAUUUCGUUCGUGACGAAGCUUCUAUAUCUGCUGAGAUUGACAUCGAUUGGUCCUCGGUCGAUCCUCUACGAGCUACAUACGGCGAUCUAGGACGUGUUAAACAAAAUGAAGAUGAUGAACAUCGAGACACUUUACCACCUCUUAAAUCAUUUGGAAGUAAUGAGAGCGGAUCUGAUAUCCCUCGAAGACCAAGGAAUAAUCCUACUGUCAGUCGAAAGGCAAGGACUCAAUCAAUGUCCAGUUCCGUACCACGUCGAAAAGGAUCAUUGAACGCUUCUUUGGCACCAAUCAGUCUCUCACAUUUGACCGGAUCCAUGAGACAUCGACCCCGGAGGACGUAUCUUGAUCCGACAGGAAGCAACAGGGUUGAUCCGAUCAAACAAGCCGAAAUGGUGAUUUCAUUCGGUAAGGAAAGGUUAGAAGAUAUGGGCAAAGAAAAAGAGAAUACGAGGAUCGAAUUGAAUCACAUGAUUUACGAAAUUGAAUCAAUGAUAAAACAAAAAGAAUUAGUGCGAAAAUUCCUCCGAGAAUUCUUGGAGAAAAAUCAAUCUAAACAAUAUCAAUUAGAUCAGUUAAAUUUACAAUUGAAGAAUUCCACUUUGGCAACAUUACAGUUUUAUCAGAUUGGUGAAGUAAGAGAUCGAUUAAUCAAUUCUGUGGCACAAACAAUAGGUGCCUUUUUAAGAAUUUUCUUCUGGUUCAUAUAUCAAGCUAAAGGUGAAUUGAACCAAAUCUGGUCUUUCAUAAAACCCACUUCGAUGAAAUGCACGACCCACAAUAGUAAUACAAGAGGAGGUGGUCGUGGGAUGAGAUCGAAAGAUCAUAUUGCCUACGAUAAAGAUCAUGAUCAUGAUCAAACCAAUGGAAAUGGGAGUGCGAAUGGCCAUGGUAAUGAUGCAGAUACGAUCUCGCCUCGAGAAAGACUUUCAAGAUCCGGUAGUAAUGAAGAUGAGAAACGUCUUCCGUUUUUAGGAACAUCAAUCUUGAUAAUAGCUGUUGGAUUAGGUUUUUACCUCUACGGUGGAUGA